UCUUGKUCUUCGGACAUYGUGUGAUAUCCAUACACAACUACCAAAUACUGUCUGGGAGAGGACRAGCUAGCUAAUGGAUUUAGAUUGGUUAAUAACAACAUAAUAUGGAACAUCGGGUUGAAGGCUGCAAUUAAAUACAUGAACAUAUUAAUGCAAUCAGAAAUGUGGAUUAAUCAGGGAAUGCGAGGAAAUAUAGGACCUCACCUAAUGGAAUGAACCAGUUUGAUCAUAUGAAGCGAGUUGUUUGGAAAGCCACGACGAAUCGAAUGGACUGUCUUUCCAUAAAGAAAUGAAUGCAAGUUUAAUGAACACAUUGUACGAAUAAGAGGGCACUGGACAUAUUAUUACAUUCCAGAGGGAUAACUGGCCUCAGUCGCUGCGUUUCAGAUUCUAGCUUGCGAAUGCAUUUGAGCUAGACCCCUGUCGCGUCAGCGUUAUAGACGACGAGAACGCGCUUGUGRCCAGUCACAGAGCGUACGUGAUGUCGCGGAUGACAUUCGGCCUCUAUCAGAAUUAACUAGGUACUUGGAGAUUGCCUGUGAAAACAUGAGGAAGAUGUUCAGAGCGCUCUCGGAACGGAAUAAGCUCCCCACUAGCUGACGUGAGGAGUUGAAACGUAGCAGGCGGCAGCCCUGUGGAACUCUGCGAAAGAAAUUUGAAGAACAAGGAGAUGGUCACCCUGCUGUGACAUUAAUGGACCGCAGGAGACGACACCGGACGCGCUCGAGCCGUCUGCAGCCAUGAGUCUCCGCACCCCCACCUCAACACUGGACAGGCUAAGCAGCCUGACGAUAGMAGACUCGGAGCGCAACACCUCCAGRGGCCAGCAGAGGGAGCCUCCAGCUGACAUCCCCCCUGAGAACACAGGUCCAGGUCUGGUUCAGAGAUGUGUGGUGGUACAGAAAGACCAGCUGGGGUUUGGCUUCACCGUGUGUGGCGAGAGGAUCAAGCUGGUGCAGAAUGUCCGACCAGGUGGUGCAGCGGUCAAGGCAGGGGUCCACGAGGGAGACAGAAUCAUAAAGGUGAACGGCUCGCUGGUGUCGUCCAUGUCUCACCAGGAGGUGGUGAAGCUCAUCAAGUCUGGGCCAUAUGUUGCCCUGACACUUCAAGGACCGCCCCCUUCAGCAGCCGCCCUCGUCCUACAACCCCUCCCCGCUGACCUCUUACCCAAUCAGACGACGUCACUGGAAGGUGAAGCCCCACCACCUCCACCCCUGCCCCCUGGACUUACCAGCACCCCCUCCCAAAGAAUUAACAAACCACUACAGAACCUAGAUGUACAGAAACACGCCACAGAGAUCCUCAGGAACAUGUUGGAACAGGGAGAGGCUGAGCUCCAGGACUUGAUGGAGGAGCUGUCACGGAACCCCUCCCCAUCACUGGAGGAGCGAAUCGAAAGUGCCAAGAGGCGCGCCCAACAAGUGCGGGUUAAAAUCAAGCAAGAUCUGGAUGGAACUCGCCCCGAAGCUGUGUCCAACUAUGUAAUAGCAGGAGAUGCUCGGCUGUCGGUGGACUCAAGUGAAGGAGACUUUSAGGUAAGUAAUGUUAGCACCAGACCUUUAUUUAUAUAUACAGUGGGGAGAACAAGUAUUUGAUACACUGCCGAUUUUGCAGGUUUU